UUCCGGUGUCCAUCUCCAAGAUGGCGGAAUAUGCCUGUGUGAAGAGCACGAAGCUGGUGCUGAAAGGGAUGAAAAGUGAGAAGAAAAAGAAAAAGAAAGGGAAAAGAAAACUAGAGGAGGAGGAACAGGUGCUUGAUAUCGUUGGAGGAUGGUGGGCAGUCCGGAAUUUUGGAGAAAUUACAGGCACUGUGGCAAUAGAGAUGGGAACAGGCACCUACAUCUGUGCUCUCGAUAAUGGUCUGUUUACUCUCGGAGCACCACAUAAAGAGGAUAAUGAAAGCCCUCAUCCCCCAGAGCAGUUAACAGCUAUCAAAUUAUCUGAAACCAGAAUAGCACUGAAGUCUGGCUAUGGCAAAUAUAUGGGCAUAAAUUCUGAUGGUGUUGUUACUGGACGAUCAGAUGCAAUCGGAUCAAGAGAACAGUGGGAGCCAAUUUUUCAAGAUGGAAAGCUUGCAUUGAUGGCAUCAAACAGCUGCUUUAUCUCUUGUAAUGACGAAGGUGACAUUAUUGCAAAGCACAAAACAGCAGGAGAAGAGGAAAUGAUAAAGAUUCGGUCUUGUGCUGAUAUUGUUGUGAAGGAAAAAAAUGAGCUUUUAGAUGAAGACAAGGGGAACGUAAAACAAUGUGAAAUCAAUUAUGUAAAGAAAUUCCAGAGUUUUCAAGACCAUAAACUUCGAGUAAAUGUAGAGGAUAGUAAACUGCUGAAGAAAGCCAGGAAAGAAGGUACUUUUCACGAGGCCUUGUUGGACAGGCGAUCCAAGAUGAAAGCUGAUCGAUAUUGCAAAUGAAGCAAUUUUGCUAUUUUCACUAGAUGUAUGAAUUUUUUUAAUCUCCAAGGCUGCUUGUGUUUAUAUAAAACUAGCAACGCUGUACAACAAGCAGCAUUACCUGUCAUGUAAACCUGCCAUUUUCAAUUUUUCUUUUACUUUUGAAAAGUGUGUUAGGUAGGUAGCCUUAUAUGGUUGCUAUUCCAGAUUAAUUACAUGAACAGCAUACGUGUUACACGGAAUUAAUUGUAAUUACUGAAUAUGCUACAUUCCCACUAAAUCUUUACUGUGGUGGUAUAUCCAAAAAUGAAAGGCGAGCUCAAGGAAUAGUUGUAUUAAAUAUUUGUUCUCUGUACAACAUUUUAUAAUGCCUUAAUUAGUUCAUUGUUGUUUUAUUCAUAUUUGCUAAUUCACAAUCCAUGCUGUGAUCUUGUGGAGGAUUCAAGUCUUAAAUUAGGGAGACAGGCAAACUGUCAAAGUCUCUCUAUUAUAAAAUUAUGUAUAAAAUUAAACUUUGUUUUUAUUAUUUUCCUGAUUUAUGCAGCAGAAAGAUGAUAUCAAACCCAACUGGACUUUUUCU